AUGCAGUUUUUGAAGCUAAACAUUUGGAAUGGUCUUGGUGAAGCUAAAAGUCAUUUUGAAGUAACGAAAUUGUUCAUAAAUUCUGACAUUUAUGAAAUAAAUGAGUUUAAAAAUAAGUUGAAAUGUCAUGACAAUUUCGGUAUAACUGAAAAAAGCAUAACUACACUUCAAAGCUACUCUUCUUCAUAUACAGAUGACUUUAAGGGUAAUUUUCCAUUAAAAACAAUCUAUGAAAUCACCGAACCAAUUAAGGAAAUGAAGUUUUUAUUAGUUGCUUCCAUUGUUAAUAUAAGGCAGAAUCUACCAUGGUAUAUAAUUCCAAUUAACGUACAAGAUUGUACUGGAACCAUUGGAUUGACUCUUUUUGAUAGGGAAGCAAGGAGGUUGUUAAAUAUAAGUGCCUACGAGUUGAAAAAGAUACAUGAUGCGGCCGGAGACAGUGUGCCCUAUUUUCCAAUGCAACUUAACGUGUUGAAAAACCGCAAGUUUGGUUUUGUUGUAGAUAUUACAGAAUACAAUGUCAACAACUAUAAUAACAUCUACACAGUUCUCAGAGUUACAGAAGAUAUGUCCAUUGUUUGUGAAUUGGAAAGUAAAAUAGAACUUAUGAGUAUUCAAUCUGUCUCCUUAAAUCAAGUUGCUUUGGAAUCCGAUGAUGUUGUACAGCCUGUUCAAAAGACGAAAGUUUUACACCCUCAACAGUUGAUAAGUCAACGCAACAAGUCCUUGCAAAAUAUCAGGUUGAAAUGUCAUGACAAUUCUGGUAUAACUGAAAAAAGCAUAACUACACUUCAAAGCUACUCUUCUUCAUAUACAGAUGACUUUAAGGGUAAUUUUCCAUUAAAAACAAUCUAUGAAAUCACCGAACCAAUUAAGGAAAUGAAGUUUUUAUUAGUUGCUUCCAUUGUUAAUAUAAGGCAGAAUCUACCAUGGUAUAUAAUUCCAAUUAACGUACAAGAUUGUACUGGAACCAUUGGAUUGACUCUUUUUGAUAGGGAAGCAAGGAGGUUGUUAAAUAUAAGUGCCUACGAGUUGAAAAAGAUACAUGAUGCGAUAUUACAGAAUACAAUGUCAACAACUAUAAUAAACAUCUACACAGUUCUCAGAGUUACAGAAGAUAUGUCCAUUGUUUGUGAAUUGGAAAGUAAAAUAGAACUUAUGAGUAUUCAAUCUGUCUCCUUAAAUCAAGUUGCUUUGGAAUCCGAUGAUGUUGUACAGCCUGUUCAAAAGGAUGUGAUCUCACAAACAGACGAAAGUUUUACACCCUCAACAGUUGAUAAGUCAACGCAACAAGUCCUUGCAAAAUAUCAGGUGAUUUGA